AGGAUAGCCAGAGCUUCAUAGUGAGAUCCCGUUGUUUUUUUGUUUUUUCUCAAAAAGAGAAACAAAAGAAAAGGAAAAAGAGUGUUUUUUUGUGUUGAAUUCUUAAUGUACAAGCUAGAGCCUGGAAAAGCACAGUACGCUUUAUGCUAUUGGGUCACAGUAUUUUCACUUAGAAGGGGCAUUAUAAGCCACAAGAUAGUGGUGGCACACACUUUUAAUCCAAGCACUUGGGAGGCAGAUGCAGGUGGAUCUGGGAGUUCCUUGCCAGCCUGGCCUACAGAGUAAGUUUAAGGACAGCCGGAUCUACAGAGAAACCCUGACUCAGGUGGGAAAAAAGUAAAAAGAAAUGAAAAGAUAUUGUAAGAUAAUAAUAGGCAGCAUCUUUUAAAUAAUUACAAUAACUCAUCUAUAUCAGAAAAAAAAUGCCUAGAGUAGUCUUUUCUCUCCUUGGUCAAAGAAAAGCACUCUGUCCAUGGACACAUGGCCAAAUUGUAACUUUUUGAUUCUUGUGUUUACUAUAUUUGAGUCCUGAAUUCUUUGUGUUGUUCUUUCUGGAUUAGUGAGCCUUGCACAUGAGAAAUAAAUUCUUCAUAACUCAUCUGCUUUGCUAACGAUGUUAGAAUACUGAAAUACUUGUAGACCAGGCUGGACUGGAACUUACAGAGUUCCAACCACCUCUGUUUUCCCAGUUCUAAGAUUAAAAGUGUGCACCCAUACAACCAUUCAAACUGUUGUAUUUUAUUUUGUGGUCUGUUGACAGUCUGCGAUGUGACUGUGGAAUUCUCCCAGAAGAAGGGACAAUGCCUGGACUCUGCUCAGAGGGCUUUGUAUAGAGACUGGAUGUUGCAGAUUUGCAGCAGUCUGGUUUCUGUGCAUGAGAAUAGUUUGCUUGCAGUCUCCCUUGCUCCUCCUUAGGCUUUUGGUAAAUUACUCUGCAAGUGUGUGUCCCUUUGAAAGGCUUUUAUCAUAUUCGGUCUAUGAUACAUUCAGAAUAUCAGUAGUGUAUGGUAUUUUCAUACCAAUCAUUUAGUUCCAUUUCUUCCCCUGAGAUUUGACUGAGCUGUGAUUGGAAGUGGCAUUCAAGUUAAGAUAAGUGAAAAUGCUUUCUCAAAAUUUUCAGUAUUCUAACAUUGCAUGACAAUUUGGAAAUCACUUGUAUAAUCCUGUAUUUAGUUUUCCCUUUACCUGCUGAGUACAACACUUUGUUAGAAAAGCACAGAGACUGGUUGUUGCAGGGUUGCAGUGAUCUGGUUUCUAUGGGCGAGACUGCAUUGUUUGCAGACUCCCUUGCUCCUCCUCAGGGUGGCUUGACAAAUUACCCUGCACGUGUGUGACCCUUUGAGAGAUCUAAGGCUUCUAUCAAAUUGGGUCUAUGAUAAAUUCAGAACAUCACUAGUAUAUAGCAUUCUUGUCCCAAUAAUUCAGUUCUGUUUCUGCACCUGAGUUUUGACUGAGCUGUUAUUGGGAGUGGCAUUCAAGUUACACUAACUGAAAGCGCUUUCUAAAUAUUUUCAGCAUUCUGACAUUGAUAACAAUUGGGGAACCACUGGUAUAAUCCUGUAUUUAGUUUUCUCUUCAUCUACUGAGCACAGUACUGUUUUAGAAACCCAGGUGUUUCCUGAGGAAUCUCUUUCUCAUAUGCAGGGUCAACUGAUCACCCAGACCUGCUCACCUUUGGGGCAGAACAAAGAGGCCUGGAAGAUGGAGAGGGUGGAGACAGUAGCUAAGGAUGCAGCAAGCCAUCUAUUCAUUGCUCUUGAAAGAGAAACUCAAAGAAGAGAAACAGAAAGGAAUGGCUGAUUCUCCAGUAAACUCCCAGGGUCUGUUGACUUUCAGGGAUGUGACUGUGGACUUCCUUCAGGAAGAGUGGGAAUGCCUGAACUCUGCUCAGAGGGCUUUGUACAUUGAUGUGAUGUUGGAGAAUUACAACAACCUGCUCUCAGUGGAAAACUAUUACAUAUGUGAUCCUGACCAUAAAUAUAUGAAGACUGAAAAAGAGUCUUCUCAGUGUAAUAAGCUUGACAACGUGCUUUAUGACCCUUCCACAUGUGCACUUUAUAGAACAAGUGAAACUUCAGAAAACUCUAAUAACUACAGAUGCUGUAAUCACAGGGAUGCCUCUGUUGACUCAUCAAACCCAGAUAGACAUGAAAGCAUGCAGACUGGAGAAGAGCCUUACAAAUCUAAAGACUGUGAGAAAUCUCUAAAUUUGUGUUCCAACAUUACUCAAGAUCAGCAACUCUAUACUGCAAAGAAUAAACACAGGCAGGGAGAAUAUGAUGACUAUUUUGACUCUACGUACAGUCUUGUGCAACAAGCAGUCUACAUUGGAGAGAAACCACACCAGUGUGGGAAAUGCAAGAAAUGUUUCAGUACUGCCUCAAGUCUCACUAUACAUCAGAGAAUUCAUAAUGGAAAUAAACCCUACAAAUGCAACUUUUGUGGCAAAUCCUAUAACCAGUGUGCAAAUCUUAGAAUACAUCAAAGACUUCAUACUGGGGAGAAACCUUACAAGUGUCAAGAAUGUGGAAAGUCAUUUCGACAGUCUGCAGCUCUUAAAAGCCAUCUGGAAAUACAUACUGGAGAGAAGCCUUAUAAAUGUAAGGAAUGCAACAAAUCCUUUGCCCACCAUUCCAGUUUCAGGAGACACCAGAAAAUCCAUACUGGUGAGAAGCCUUACCAAUGCAAUGAGUGUGACAGAGCAUUUACACACUAUGGAUCACUUAGAUGGCAUCAGAAAAUUCAUUCUUUAGAGACAUUUUACAAAUGCAAAGAAUGUGGUAAGUCCUUUCUUGAAUUAUCACAGCUUAAAAGGCAUCACAGAAUCCAUACUGGUGAAAGGCCUUACAAAUGUGAGGUAUGUGAUAAAUCCUUUACUGUGAACUCACAUCUUAAAAGACAUCAAAGAAUUCAUACUGGGGAGAAACCUUACAAAUGUAGGGAAUGUGACAAAUCUUUUACUACAUGCUCAUAUCUUAGAGAACAUCAGAAAAUUCACACUGGGGAGAAACCUUACAAAUGUAGGGAAUGUGACAAAUCUUUUACUACAUACUCAUACUUUAGAACACAUCAGAAAAUUCAUACUGGGGAAAAACAUUACAAAUGUGGAGAAUAUGACAUGUCUGUAAUUCAGGGUUCUGCUCAUAGAGAACAUUUGACAAUUCAUACUAGGGAGAAACCUUACAGAUGUGGAGAAUGUGACAAAUCCUUCACCCAGCGUUCACAUCUUAGCACACAUCAGAGAGUUCAUACUGGAGAGAGACCUUACAGUUGUAAGGAAUGUGACAAAUUGUUUACUCGGUAUUCCUACCUCAGAGCACAUCACAAAAUUCAUACUGGACAGAAACCUUACAAAUGUAAGGAAUGUGAGAAAUCCUUUAUGGACCACUCACAGCUUAGAAGACAUCAGAGUGUUCACACUGGAGAGAAACCUUACAGUUGUAAGGAAUGUGACAAAUCCUUUACCCGUAGUUUAAACCUUAGAAUACAUCAGAGAAUCCACACUGGAGAGAGACCUUACAGUUGCAAGGAAUGUGAGAAAUCUUUUACUACAUGUUCAUUUCUUAGAGAACAUCAGAAAUUUCAUACUGGAGAGAAACCUUACAAAUGCAAAGUCUGUGAGAUAUCCUUUAAUCAGAUAGUGCAUCUUAGAACACAUCAGAGAGUUCAUACUGGAGAGAGACCUUACAAAUGCAAAGACUGUGAUAUGUCCUUUAAACAGGUAGGGCAUCUUAGAACACAUCAGAGGAUUCAUACUGGAGAGAGACCUUACAGUUGUAAGGAAUGUGACAAAUCUUUUACUAGAUGUUCCUACCUCAGAGCACAUCAGAAAAUUCAUACUGGAGAGAAACUUCACAAAUGCAAAGACUGUGACAUGGCCUAUAUCUAUGUUUCAAAUCUUAGAAGACAUCAGAGAGUUCACACUGGUGAGAAACAUACUAUUAUAAAUGAUGUCACAUAACAUUGUUUUAAGUAUUCUCUACUUAUAAAUCCCAACAGUAUACAUAACAGAAGCAUAAAGAAACUUGCAAAGCCUUGAAAGAUACUUUAAAUGUUAGAAAAUAUCAUGGAGUUUAUAUUAAAAUAAAAUUCUGUAGUAGGA